AUGUGUUUUUGUGGAGAUAAACGUUGGGAGAAGAGUCCACAAUUGCCGUUUUAUGGAAAGGCGUUCCUAGUAAGUCAAAGAUUUCAGAUGUUUUACCACAAAAUGAGUCAUUCAGAUACCGACUGAAUGCACUUGCGCCAUGGUGAUUUACUCGCAGCACCACAAACGUUUGUUUCUCCGAACUAUCCAGCUUCCUAUAUUGCCUGUGAUGUUUAUCUCCUAAAAGCUCCCUUCAAGUUUAUCACAAUAUCUUUUGUUAGUGAAUGUUGCAGCCACAUUAUAACAGUCCAUUUUGAUGACAUCAAUGUGGAGAAGUUUCAUAAUCAUCUGAGUUUUUAUGAUGGUUUUAGUUCGGAAACUCCUCUCAUCAAAAAGUGUGUUGGCACAGAAUUUCGGUUGAACAAGUAAUUUAUUUCAGACUAUCAGGAACGCAAAAGAACACUACUUUCUCAUCUUCCAGUGAUGUAAUGUUUGUUCCCUUCUCAUCUGACGUUCAUGGCACUAAACGUGGAUUCCAUUUCAACGUCUUUGCGGGUUUUUGAAUGGUUUAUUAAUUUUUUUAGCUAAUACCAAUUUCAGUUCCAAAUGAAUUGAGCACAAAUGCAAAAGUGGAUUCAUCAGGAUGUUGGCAUCCUCAUCUCUUGUUCCUUCUGUUUUUAAUCGUCCACACAGUAGUCGUCGUGGUUGGAACAUACAUUUUCAACAAUCGAAAGUUAUCUGCUCGUUUGAGAAGAACUUUUAAUCCAGCCGCUAAUCCAGUUGUCCUUUUUCAAUCUGCUGAUAAUGAGUGAGUUGCUUUUUGACUAGAAAUUCGUUCUAACCGACCAUUUUCGUUUUAGGUCGGUUGUGACAUUUGUAAAUUGAGCAGAAAAGACCACUCACUAUUGAUUUUCAAAUUUCAUGGCGGUCUUUGUCAUUUCACUUUCUUCAUUGCUGUGUACGUGUUUUCCUGAAACAUUGUUAGCAAUUGAACUUUUUGACCAAAAUGUAUUUUUCUUGUCGUAAAUAAAUUUUUUCAAAGUAAGAGGAUAGAAAAUGACUUGAUCUCUCUUUUUACUCUUGGAAUGAAGUUUUGCUCUCCGGUUUGCUUUUCGGCCCAAGGGCGAUAAUUUCCUCUUGCCGUACUUGUCCGUUGCAGAAAAUGGAAUGGUGAAGAUAACAAUAAUAAAUUCAGUUAAAGCACCCUAAUUCCGUGGAAAGUGAGUUAAACGGAUUAAAAUCAGUUUUCAUAGAGGGAUUGUUUUAGGUACAAUGGCUCAAUGCUAA